AUCAAGUAUUGAUAAACUCUGCGUGCUUCCUCGAUCAGCUUUGAUGAAAACGUGAGAUUUCAUUCGAGGCAGAAGAAAUGAAGCAUAAAGACCCCCAGAAUUGGAAAAGUGAAGUGAGAGAGACCAACUGAUUUCUAAGUCUUACUAUCUCCUCACCUUUGAUAAUGUGCUCAACCCCCUCAUAAUGAUGAUAGUCAUUGCUUUUCACUUCUUCGUUUUCAUCUACUUCUCUGAAUCCUUGUUUACCUUUCCCCAUAAACCUCCACUUAUCCAAUGAGUGUUUCUUCUGAUCACGUCCCCUUUCGUCACCAUGGCUAGAAUGAAUAAUUUUGGAAUCCCGCCCCCCCAGAGGGCCCCAGCUAUAAACAGUGAAGACCUGGCCAUGUGUAAGAGAGACCGAGACUUUACAAACAUCCUUGACCUGAAGUUCGAACACCAUAACAAAUUCAUCAGAAAUCUGAGGCAGCACGUUGAGCUCUUCCAUACCUGGAAAGAGAUUCGAGACUCCCCGCCUGCUAGAGAAUUCUGUAUUGACCGGUUCUUGGACAUCUACGGGGCGGAGUACUGGAGUGUCCAGAACCGCAGCAAGUACAUAAUGUCCGAUUCUGUGGCUCGAGGGGAUCAAGUUCGCUAUCCCGCGGACAUAGACGAUAUCAAGAAAACUCUGGUCAUCCUCCUUAAAAAGAAAGCCGACAGUUUUCUAAAAGACACCCAGACCGAAGAACCUGCGUCCUCGGCAACCUUUCGUUUGCCACGUGCACCUGCACCAGAGACCACCAGAGAAUCACAGCUAGGUAUCCGGUUCACCGUCCCGGGCUUGGAACAGCACAGAGAUGAAGAUGAAGAAGAAGGAAAAAAUGAAGAGGAUACAGAAGAUGAGGCACCGAGAUCCUCUGGUUCCCGUCGGCUUAGGAGAGGCAUCGCAACUAGGCCUGACGUUCGUAUCACUCCGCCCAAAGACACAAGUUCUUUGAGUUCUCUUGAUUCCGCCUCCAUUGCGGCUACCAAUACUUUCCCAGAAAGUUCGAAAAUAUCGACUCUUAAUCUUGUAGAUGAGAGUGUUGCAAAGUCCCUUUAUUCAAAGUACCUUCGCGAUACUUUCUUCCUGGUAUCCACAGACCAGAACCAGGUACACGCUGCACCCGCUUGGGUCAAGUUCCAGAACUUCAAGUCUGCGUCUGCCUUCCUCUUAGACAUGGGUCGUGAGCUCGGGCUAGAACAACAGUGGUGGACCCCCAAUGCCCAGAUGGAAGUUGAAGGUGGUGCUAGGGCUCACCAAACUGACUAUGUCUCCGUGGCGCAGGGUGUUAUCGCCAUGGCGUCUGUCAGGUUCAUGUGGUCUGGAGAAGAGGUUCUAGUACGCUGGGGAAAUGAUAGUGAUUGGGGGAUUGUGACGCAGUUUAUCCAGAAGGCUUGGGUAGCCAAGGAAUUUGGCCAUGGAGUUUUUGAUCUUUUCAAAGUUGGCGUUGUUAUUCAUCUUGAGCUCUAGGAUAGUUCGGAUCUUGUAGAGGCGUUUUAUUGAUGGGGACGCGUAUUUGAGUCAAUUGCAGAUAGGAGGAGCAUGCGAUGAUAUUAUGGAGUUACAAAUAUUUCGUCAACAAUACUAUGCUUUCGUUUCAAGUUCGAUUCCGUAUAGA